AUGACAACUGACGGCCUCUCAGCUGCAAAGCUCGCCAUCUACCUCGUUCUUGUUCAACCAGCACUUUUCUGUCUGUGGAAACAUGGAAAGACGGGAUUCCUUGGUUGGCUCUUCGUCCAGUUAUUCUGUGUCCUUCGCAUCACCACUGGCGGCAUUGGUCUCCAUGGAAACCAAAAGGGCGAGGCUGCUGUGAUUCUCAAUAGCAUAGGCCUCUCUCCGUUGCUUCUCGCGAUUUCUGGCAUCUUGCACGAAGCUCGACGCGCAGUGAAUCCCCGCCUCAAUCGAAGACUCGACAUAAUAUUAGAAAUCAAGUACCAUGCCUUGGUUCAAUUAGGAAUGAUUUUGAUCAUCUUGGCCCUUGUUAAAAUUAUGAAUGGCGAUCCGGUGUCUAAAAGCAAGACUUUGCUCAAUGUUGGCUCGGCGCUUUCAGCCAUUGCCUGGGGGCUCGUUACAUUGUGGGCAUUGUGGUCGAACCACAUGGUCCGCCAAUACUCUUCCUAUUCCACGAUGCAGACCGUAGACAACGGUAGAAUUCUGAUCAAAGGUGUCUUUGUCGCUCUCCCGUUUGUUGGAAUCCGUCUUGUAUACGGCCUUGUGUUUCUACACCUCCAAGUCACACACCCGAAUUCUGGAUUUCUCACGUCCAAGGCCGUUCAGAUUUGUCUAAGCCUCGUACCCGAGUUGGUUUGCGUCACCAGUCUUCUUGUUGUUGGUGUUAUUACGCGAUCUUUACGGCCAGAAUUGAAGAAACGCGACCAAGAGGCAGUCAGACUGGUCUCCAACCCAGGCAACGAGCUUCAGCCAAACACAGAAUACAAAUGA